AGAUUAUAUUGUCUAUGUAAAACUCCCUAUGAUGAUACUAAGUUUUAUAUAGGUUGUGAUUUAUGUUCUAAUUGGUUCCAUGGUUCAUGUGUUGGAAUAACAGAAGAUCAAGCUAAUGUUAUAGACUCCUAUAUUUGUCCUGAUUGUCGGAAACAGAAAGAAAAUACCUCUGAAGAAUUAUACUGUCUAUGUAAAACACCAUAUGAUGAAUCUCAGUUUUAUAUAGGCUGUGAUAGAUGUCAAGAUUGGUUUCAUGGUGCAUGUGUAGGUAUAUCUAAAAAUGAGGCAGAUCAAGUGGAUACCUAUUUAUGUCCUAAUUGUCAACUAAAGGAACAAGCUGAUCCUAUAGCCAAUAGGAUUUUAACAGAAAAAGAAUAUGAAUCUAUUUACAGAUUAUUACGUAAUUUACAGGGUCAUAAAAUGGCAUGGCCUUUCUUGAGACCUGUUGAUCCAAAAACAGUACCAGAUUAUUAUCAAAUUAUUAAAGAUCCAAUGGAUUUAUCAAUCAUAGAAACUAGAGUACAUGGCAGAAGUUACCAAAGACUUAGUGAUUUUGUUCGUGAUGUCACCAAAAUAUUUGAUAACUGUAGAUAUUACAAUCCAACUGGCACAGCAUUCUAUCAAUGUGCUGAAGUUCUGGAAACAUUCUUUGUGCAAAAACUGAAAACAUUACGUGAAAAAUUCUCAUAA